AUGGCAUUCACAGAGUGGAAACGGCUACCCAUAAGCUUGGGAGAGCUGUGUAUUAACACUACUCUCCGGUGUGGACAGUCCUUCAGAUGGCAUCACAUCCCCGAGAGCGAGGAAUGGCGAUGCGUUCUCUAUGGCCAUCUUCUCUCACUGAAGCAGGACUCAAGCUACCUCUACUAUCGAACCUUCAAGUCACCACCACGAGGCACCCAUCUUCCAACUCCACCUGCAUCCCAGAUUCCUUCCCGGGCAGAGUCAGACAGUGAUAGCGUUACUGUUUCCCGCAAGACUGAGGAUGAAGACCAUAUUUUGCACAUUAUCAAGCAUUAUUUCAACCUUUCCAUCAAUCUGAGUGACCUGUACUCCCAAUGGUCAUCCCAAGACCCCAAUUUCAAGAAGAAGGCAGCCCAGUUCACUGGGAUCCGAAUCCUACGCCAAAAUGCAUGGGAGGCGCUCGUCUCGUUUAUCUGCAGCAGCAACAACAAUAUCGCGCGCAUUUCGCAGAUGGUGGCAAAAUUAUGCACCAAUUAUGGCCCAUAUGUUGCAACAGUCGAUGAGCAUGCCUAUCACGACUUCCCAGUCCCCGAAGCGUUGGCUGGCAAAGAGGUAGAAGGCAAUCUUCGCACCCUGGGAUUUGGAUAUCGAGCAAAAUAUAUCUGGCAGACUGCUUCAAUGGUGAGCGCGGACCGGCCUGAGGGCUGGCUAGAUAGCUUGAGCAACCCCGAGUCGCCUGCACUUGGCGUGGAACCCAGACCGGCAGAUGAAAUGAAACCAGAGGGACGCCAGGGAUAUCGCGAUGCCCAUGAGAGGCUCCUCGAUUUGCAGGGCGUCGGGCCGAAGGUUGCUGACUGUGUGUCCCUGAUGGGUCUGGGCUGGGGAGAGUCCGUGCCAGUGGAUACGCACGUCUGGCAAAUUGCGCAGAGAGAUUACCGUUUUGGUAAGGGAUCGAACAAAUCCUUGACCAAGGCGACCUACGACGCUGUUGGCAACCACUUCCGCAACCUCUGGGGCAAAGAGGCUGGCUGGGCUCAUAGCGUGCUCUUCACGGCGGACCUACGAUCCUUUGCGGAUCGGCUCGAGGCUACGAAGAAGGUUAAGGUCGAAGUGAAAGAUGUCAAGAACGAGGAAGAGGUGGAGAUCAAGACGGAAGUAGAAACGGCCGUGGCAUUGAAAUUACAGAAAGAAGGGGAUGCCCCGGUGAAAGUCGAGGACGCAGAGGGAGGCACGGCGAAGAACAGCAAGAAACGAAAGAAGCCUAAUGCCGUCGUCCAUGCUUCUCAGACUACAGAGACGAGGAGACACCCCGACAUCCUUUCGGACCACCACAUCACCAGCAAAAAUGGGUCGCCUUCACAGCAAGGGCAAGGGCAUUGCCUCCUCUGCCAUCCCCUACUCCCGCGCCCCCCGGCGUGGCUCAAGGUCACCCCCGACCAGGUCGUGGACCACAUCUGCAAGCUGGCCAAGAAGGGUGCCACUCCCUCCCAGAUCGGUGUUGUCCUCCGUGACAGCCACGGUGUUGCCCAGGUCAAGAUUGUCACCGGUAACAAGAUCCUCCGUAUCUUGAAGUCGAGCGGCCUCGCUCCCGAACUCCCCGAGGACCUUUACUUCCUGAUCAAGAAGGCUGUCGCCGUCCGCAAGCACCUCGAGCGCAACCGCAAGGACAAGGACAGCAAGUUCCGCCUGAUUCUGAUCGAGUCCCGCAUCCACCGUCUGUCGCGUUACUACAAGACCGUCGGUGUCCUGCCCCCCACCUGGCGCUACGAGAGCGCCACCGCCAGCACCCUGGUCGCAUAA